GGUCUCGACCGGGUCAGGAGAUUUGCUUGAUUCACAACAGCCACAUCUGCAUUCGAAAAAACAAUGGGUCGUCUUAGAAGAUCAAGAGUCCACAACGCUCGGCGAGAUGUCCGUCGAGCGACCCGUACCCGAGCCAGGGCCAAGGAUAUCGAUCAGAUCCAGCACGAGGAUAUGAAGCCCGAGAACAAGAGCAAGCUGGAGGCUCAGGAGCUCGAUGAGGAAAAGCCUGGUCUCGGUCAACACUACUGUCUCGAAUGCGCCAAAUACUACGAGUCUGACGAAGCUUUGGUCAACCACACCAAAUCGAAAGUGCACCGACGCCGUCUGAAGGAGCUCAAAUUCGGAUCCUACACCAAGGAGGAGGCCGAGCGUACCGCCGGUCGGGGUGUAGACAACAAGCAACGAGGGGUAGAACCCAUCGUGCUCAAAAAGAAGGAAGACCAGGAUUUGGAGAUGGAAGGUCAGGAUUCGAAGACGGCCUCGACAACAACGACGGCUCAGACGACGGCGGUCUCGAGCUGA